AGGCUUUCUAUUGUGCCGUGAGCCCAUACGUUUGGCCUUUGCCAGGGUAUAAAAGCUUGGGUCUAGCUCUGACGGAACCAGCACGAGCCAGCUUCCCUCACACGGCACUGCAAUCUGUACUAACGCAGACUCUCCUGAAGCCCCUCACCAUGUCUCAGACUGCCAAGUCCGCCUCCAGCCAGGGCGCUGAUGCCAAGGACAAGGGAGCCCCAGCUCCAGCUGCCACCAGCAAGGCCACCAAGACCGGCGAUCCUGGCAUGGGAUCCUACAGAAUCAUGCUGUUCGACCAGGAGAACUUCCAGGGCAGGAUGAUGGAGGUCCAGAAUGAGUGUAUGAACGUGUGUGACCGUGGCAUGGAUAGAGUGCGUAGUAUCAUUGUGGAGUGCGGCCCCUUCGUUGCCUUUGAGCAGACCAACUUCCGUGGUGAGAUGUUCAUCCUGGAGAAGGGAGAGUAUCCUCGCUGGGAUACCUGGAGCAACUCCUACCGCAGCGACUGCCUCAUGUCCCUCAGGCCCAUCCGCAUGGACAGCUUGGAGCACAAGAUCUGCCUGUUUGAGCUCUCCGACUUCAAGGGCAACAAGAUGGAGAUUCAGGAGGAUGAUGUGCCCACCCUCUGGGCGCACGGCUUCUGCGACAGAGUGGGCAGCGUGAGGGUGCCAGGAGGAGCCUGGGUGGGUUACCAGUACCCUGGAUACAGAGGCUACCAGUACCUGUUUGAGUGCGGUGACUACAGACACUACAAUGACUUCUGCGCCUUCCAGCCCCAGAUCCAGUCCAUGCGCCGCAUCAGGGACAUGCAGUUCCACCAGAGAGGAUGCUUCACCUUCACCACCGCCAGCAAGUGAAACACACCUGCUUGACCGCCUGGUGGCGCUGUAGCUCUCUCAGCUUUUUAUCUCUCCAAGCUUCUUCUUUCUCCAAUUCUCUGGUCCUUUCCUUGACCUCCGACAGCGUUGCUCCAUCCCAAAGGAAAGAGAGAUCGAGAGCAAUACACUGGACAACCUUAAGUGACUUUUUAUGGUGCUAAAAAAUAAACGUGAAAAACUUGAUCCCUUUA